UCACACACACACAAGUCCUCCGCAGCCUCCACUCUCCAUUCUCCACCUCUCUCUCUCUCUCUCUUGACCCGAACCCGACCGCAUGGCCCACCUUUCCAACCCGACCUCCGCCGCCUCCUCCGCUCUCACCACCUCCACCGCCAUUCGCAUUCCCAUUUCCACCAUCACCAUUCGCUGAAAUUUCAACUCCGCCGCUCUAAGCUCCCAAGCUUUCCAACUUCCGGAGCUCCGCCAAUCGAUUCGGGUCGGGUUUUGCGUUGAGGCAUAUGGCGAGUUUGCAGAGCUGCAGCAGCGUGUGCCUGAGAGAGUCGGCUCUCUUGCUUCCGCGUCGCAAUGUUAACGAUAGCUACAAGAGUAGGACGGUAAAAUGGAGGAGUCCACGAGGAGCUGUGCUGCCCAAUUUUCACCUUCCGAUGCGUAGUUUCGAAAUUAAAAACAGGACAUCUACAGAGGAGAUAAAGUCACUUAGACUGAUAACAGCCAUCAAAACGCCAUAUCUACCGGAUGGCAGAUUUGAUCUUGAAGCGUAUGAUGCAUUGGUUAAUACGCAGAUUGAACAUGGAGCUGAAGGUGUGAUUGUUGGUGGCACAACGGGUGAAGGUCAGUUGAUGAGUUGGGACGAGCACAUAAUGCUCAUAGGCCACACGAUCAACUGUUAUGGUGGAUCAAUUAAGGUAAUAGGAAACACUGGCAGCAACUCCACAAGGGAAGCAGUUCAUGCUACUGAACAAGGGUUUGCAGUUGGGAUGCAUGCUGCACUGCACAUCAAUCCUUAUUAUGGAAAGACCUCCUUGGAGGGAUUGGUUAAGCACUUCGAAAGGGUCUUAUCUAUGGGACCCACUAUCAUAUACAAUGUGCCAUCACGAACUGGCCAAGAUAUCCCCCACCAGGUGAUUAACACGUUGGCACAGAAUGCCAACUUGGCGGGUGUCAAGGAGUGCGUUGGAAAUGAUCGGAUUAUAGAGCACAUUGACAAGGGAAUUGUGGUUUGGAGUGGGAAUGAUGAUGAGUGCCAUGAUUCAAGGUGGAACCACGGAGCUACUGGAGUCAUAUCUGUUACUAGUAAUUUGGUUCCGGGUUUAAUGCGAGACCUCAUGUUUGGGGGGAAGAACCCUUCUCUUAAUGCAAAGCUCAUGCCUCUGAUUGAGUGGCUUUUUCAGGAGCCAAACCCCAUUGGCCUAAAUACAGCACUUGCCCAACUUGGUGUCGUGAGACCAGUCUUCAGGCUGCCAUAUGUACCUCUUCCUUACGAAAAGAGAGUAGAUUUUGUCAACCUGGUUAAGCAAAUUGGGCGCGAGCAUUUUGUUGGAGAAAAGGGUGUUCAAGUUCUUGAUGAUGAUGACUUCACUUAUUUGGAUCGAUAUUAGACAGUUUUCUGGUUUAAAUCUUUAUGAAUUUUUAUGUUAUCUUUCAUUGGUACAAGACUCUAGUUUUAAGUUGAGAUAUCAAUGUGUUUCCGACUAGUCUGUGUAUCAAUAAAGUCAGUGUGCUUGAAUGACAAUGAGUAUCUGGUUCGUGCUAUUACACCUACUGAUAUCUAGAGCACUUAUUUGCUGGGUC